CUGAUCUGUGGACCACAGAGGUGACCCAUGGCUGAGGCGGAACUGGAUAUCGGAGAGAAGUCAGCAGGUGAACAUAAACAAGAAGGCACCAGUCCACACUCGACAAGUGCCCCAAGUGUUAAUGCCAAACCUAACAACACCUGCCUAGAGUUGGUGCUUAAAGUAAGAAUUCAGAGCCCCAAAGAAAAUGACUUCAUUGAAAUUGAACUGCACAGACAAGAGCUGAGUUAUCAAAACCUACUAAAAGUGAGUUGCUGUGAACUGGGGAUUAACCCAGAGCAAGUGGAGAAGAUCAGAAAGCUACCUAACACUCUGCUCAGAAAGGACAAAGACAUUCGAAGACUACAGGACUUUGAGGAAAUAGAACUCCUUUUAAUGAAAAAUGGAAGCUCUGAAUGGAUACAAUACACACCAUCUCUAACAGCAAAGUCCUGCUACAAUAGUAAUGCCGCAAAAAUGACUUAUUAACCCCCCAAAUUAAACAGGAAUCAUUAUUUUAUAAUGAUAAUGCUGGAUACACAUGAAAUUUGACUUCAUGUUUGAACUUUGGA